CAUCUUCCAACACCGCCGUUAGUGGUGAAAAAGCCUGAACCAAUCGCGGUUGUAAUUGAAAAACCCAAGGAAGAGCCACCUAAGGUGAUUGAACCCAAACUUAAACAGGAAAUACAAAAACCGAUUAUUCCUCCUGUUUCAGCAAAGCCUCAACCUGUACAAAAACCUGUGGUUGAAAAAUCCAUUCAGAAGCCUGUCGAGCAGAAGCCAAUUGAGCAACCUAGACCAGUCGCUAAAUCAACGCCUCAAGCUGUACCACAGGCUGAACCUACAGAAAAUGUCGCACCGACCCAAAAAGUCGCUGAAGCUGUGAGUAAGCCUGCUCAAGAAAACUUGCCCGUCACGGCAGCCAAAGGUUAUGCCGGUUAUUUGAGUAAUCCUGCCCCUGAAUACCCAGAAGUGGCAUUAGACCGAGGUUGGGAAGGCGUUGUGAUGUUACGUGUGAAAGUCUCACCCACAGGCAGUCCUUUAGAAAUCAACCUGAAAAAUAGCAGCGGUAAAAAAGCACUGGAUGAUGCUGCUGUCAAAACUGUGAAGCGUUGGAAAUUCUCGCCUGCAAUGCGUGGCAAUACCCCGAUAGAAGGCUGGGUCGAUGUUCCGAUUCACUUCAAAUUACCCAAU